CAAGCCAUUUUGGCUCAAGGUCACCAUUUAUGUGGAACGCCGUUCCAAAGUCCUCUUCUUUACACCCAUUCCCUUUACAGCCCAGUCAAUGUACAUUCACAUUCUCCUCUGAGGACCAUGGCUUCGAGCGCUUAGCCUGACGGCCCCUCCCGCGCACACGCCCGCGCGCCAGGCACGCCAGUGGUAGUUGGGAGGGACUGUUCUACGCAGGUCCCUGAAUCAGAAUGAUGGCGACGACGGCCCCAAGGUACACACGCUGGCGACUCCUACGACACCAGUGGAGGCGUUCUCUCCGGCACGGGGACAAGCACAGCACGAGCAACAGGAACAAGACCUGCAUCCGCCUACCUUGGAGCACAUCGCCAAGAUGUUCCGCAAGGCGGUGCAGCCCCCCCGCACGACCAUAUAUAACCUCGAAUGGCGCAUCAAUGACAUGAGCGGGACCAUCGAUAUCAGGUUCGAGGAGGUGGAGGAGCAAUUUGACGACACUUCCAUUCGUGCCACCAACCUCGAGAGUAAUCGCGCCGAGCUGAUUGAUGACAUUACUGCUAGGGAUGCCGCUCUUGAGUCGCACCCACUUCAUCCUGAUUUCGAUUCUACAGGAACCGCCUCUGCACGCAGUGGGGGAUCCGCGGUGGAGGCGGGCUUCAUCGAGCUCGAGGGCCAGAUGGCGGAAUUCACCACGGACGCAGUACGAAUGCGCCGAAGACUUUGGGGGCCAUGGCAACUUCGAUACUUAACGGUACGAUGCCACAUGGACCAGCGAAUCUGCUCUUCAGCUCAGAACCCCAGAACCAGCCGAUGUCCUCAUCAAGGGCGAAUCGUUCCAGCAGUUUGCUGUCGCAGAUAUUCUAGGACAGGCGCCGUUCAAUCAUCAAGAAAGCAUAAUGUGGACACGUCGGGAUCAGCCACUGGAAAAGAGGGUGCCAAAGAGUUUCUGGUCCUGCUUCCAGACGAGCUGUCAAAAGCUAUGUGCGCGCAGAAAAAAAAACAGUUUGUCUUGCACAUGGGGCCAGGAGUGGUUUCCAAGUUUCUUGCGUUGGCAAGGUUCUUGAGCAGCAUGGGGCGAACCCGCCACCAGCCAGGAAGUUGCCGACCGGAGCAAUCGCGCCAACGGGGUUUUCCAGAGGCUUGCGCAAGGCGAUGGCAAAAUUAACAAAAGGGUGUCACUAGGAAAUGCGACGCUGCAUUGGCAGCACACGUGCGGCUGGUAUCGGCAUGGCUCAGUAUGAACGAAUGGCGUCAUGGAGUGUCGAAGGCAAUGGCAUGGAGGGGACGCACAGGUUGUUCGACAUACUUUAAGCACAUGUCUGAGUGACCCGUCAACGUGCUAUGUUUUCGUGAGACGCACUGCCUGGACUUCUUCAUUUCCGGACGUGAAGGUUAUAUAUAUAUGUGUAUAUAUAGUCUUUCUGGGUUUGAACACGGCAGCAGGGAGCAUGCAGGCGUCGAGUUUGUUGUGGUCCUUUGGAUGCGCCAUGCCAUUCAAUUUUAAUGGCAUUUUACGGAUCUCUCUAGCUGGUGGAUUUCUUACUUUGAUUACGGCGUACGUUUGGACCAACGAGUGCAAUUCCGAAUAUUCCGAUGCCCGGCACCACUUCUUCAUGAACUUGUUUAGGUUUUCAUCGAGUCGCACGUCGCACGGGCCGACCUGCUUAUCGAGAGAUUUUAGCGUGAGGUUACUGCAGCGUGGUGCCAGAGGAAAAAGUAAAGGGGUACGAUAUCAUCGAUAAUCCAACAGGGUGAUGUGCUCCGACGUCACAUAGAAAACCGUUGUUGGAACUAUGCGCUGCUGUGGAAGUCUGUAUCGUUUUUUGCUAUUGGUCUUGAUCCCAGAACACCUUUUUUACGAUAUGGGCACCAAACCAGCAUAACCGAUAUAACCAGGCCGUUUAGAACAGCUGGACCACGUCAUGUUUGCGCGGGUCUGGCUCCGCAGUGUUACUUCUAUUUCUAGCGAUAGCAGGAAGAUGUUGCAUUGACCUUGACACCGCCAUACUAUCAAUGGAACGUUCACAUAAAUCAUUGACAUUUGACCUCACGAAGCUCAGAGACACGUGUACCGCGGACAGAUAUGCUGAAGCUGUUGUGCGGAACCGGGGGGUUGCACAUCUCUGUCUGGAAUUGGGUUUCACAGCUGCAUCCACGUUUGAAUGUAUGUUGCAGGCGGCAAAGUCUAUUUAGUCAAACCAUUCCAUCGUAGAGGAAACGGCCUUGAAUCCCGACGAGAACUCAUAAUGUGAUUGAGGAAUGGGGCCGCCCGCUAGCGAACAGGCGAGGCAAAUGCAGACGCGAUCAGUCGAACCAACAUAAAUUCAAGUGCCAGCAUGUGCCGACAUAAAGAACUGGUUGGAAGACGCCAGUGGCCAGCCGAUCAAGCGCAGGAGGAUCCGUGACGACCCGGGAAAUUUAGUAUAUUCGGACAUGGGGGCCGCGACGACGGCAAAUUAUCGAUCAAUUCGCUCAUGCCGCCGGCCCGUAUUUCGCUAUCGCAGUACUUUUUGACUCUCUUUCAUGUUUCGUCCAAAAUCAGCCUGUAGGAGGACAUGCAGACGCCCGCGAGUCUUGGCAUCCACGAGGCUCCUUUGCGCCUUGAGGCCG